UCUCCUCAAAAUAGUAUCUGCCAGGCAGCUACUAAUAAAUAGCCAGGGUUAAAUAAGCGCGGUUCUUUCUGCUCAGAGGGUGGAGAGGUGAGAGCAAUGGCAGACUCGGACGAAGAAGAAUAUCAGCAAUGUUCAAAGAAGCCAACAGUGUCACCACGCUUAUCUGAUAAAGCCCUAAAAACAAUAAUUCACGAGAACAGCUUAUUUUUUGACAGGCUCGUGGACCUGAUUCCUGCCAGAUUUUACCUGCCCAGCGAAGACACACCACAUCCCGGCUAUUAUGGCAUGAGCAAGAAAGCAAAAGCUGCAGCCAGAAAAGUAACAAAGGCAAAUCUUAAGAAAGCACGUCGAGCUCGGCUGGAUCCUGAAAAUUAUGCUAGUACUUUGGAGCUUGUGAAAAGGAAUGCGGAAAAAGAACAAGAAAAACAUAAAGAGAUAGGUGGGGAACAAAAUUUGCUUAUUCCUAAAGACGAUAAAUCAGCUACUUAUGAGGAGCUUAGGAAAAGGUUAAAACAGCGCAUUGAGGAAUUACAAGCAAGACGUCAUGCAUCAGCUUCUGAUAAUGCUACUAAUAUUAAAAAAGAUAAAAGAGAUUCUCAUAGAGGGAAGCGGAAACGAGAAGUUGCAGUAGCACCCCAAUCUUCAGGUGAGCCUGUAAAUCAGGAAGCACCUCCUGCGAAACGAGGGAAGGAAGGCAUCGACAAAAUGAGAAAGGAUCCAGUGGAAGACCAUUCAACCAACUUCGAAUUUGGACGUGUGAAAAUUAGUGUUGGGAAUGAGAACAGUAAAGAAAGGAAAAAAAAGCGAAAGGAGUCUAAAGUUCAGCUUCUUGAAAAGGCAAAACAGUUGCAAUCAACAAUGCAAGAUCCUGAGAAAGGCCAGGUGAUUGCCACGGAACAUUCUUGGAGUGCUGCGGCAAGUAGGGCAGCUGGAAAUAAAGUCUUUGAUGAUCCUAGACGUCUGAAGCAAAGCACAAAGAAGGAGAAACAGCAACACCAGAAAAGUGUACAGAAAUGGAAGGAGAGAACUGAACUUAAAGAAAAAGCUUCAGAAGAAAAACAACAAACCCGGGCAGAGCAUAUAGCCCAACGGAAUCAACAAAAGAAGGAACGGCUUAUUGCUAAGAGAGAAAAGAAACUUUUGAGACCUGGUUUUGAGGGUCGUAAAGAUGGCUUCAUCAAUAUAUGAUCUUGUAUGAUGUCCAGAGUGGUGCCCUCAACUGUCAUUGAUAAAAGAUGGUGCAGUCUGAAGGACCUGGCGGGAAAUUGUUUUUGGGCAGAAUAUGGAUGUUGCUUAGAUGUGGGUAAAGUGACAGUUCUAAAACUGAUUGCUAAGCUGUUUUUUAUCUGUAUUAUAAAAGGCACGGCACACACCAAAGUUUUAGAGUCCGCUGUUACAAUUAUGAAAGCAAACCUUAUAGGCUUUUAAUCAUGCAGCUUACCAAGGUUAGCUGAGAUUCAUGUGAGAUUUUUUCACUAAUUUACUUUUUGAUACUUGUAUUCUGAAAUUGCUCAAAAACUAAAUUUAGUCCAUUUGAUGUUCGUAUGCAUUCAUGGAGUUUAUUUCAUGAGAAAUGAGAAGACUAUAAUGUGACAAAUAUCUUUUACAACAUUAUAAUGAUCAUAUAAUUUCACAGGCCGAAAUGCUGCCAAGUUUCUUGUUC